CUUCCGGCGCGGGCCCGCGGCUUCCGGCGGGGGGCCCGGCGGCGGGCGGCGGUCGCGCAGCGGCGGGGCCCGGGGGGCGCCCAAGAUGGCGGCGGGCGGCGCGGAGGGCGGCUCGGGCCCGGGCGCCUCCAUGGGGGACUGCGCGGAGAUCAAGUCGCAGUUCCGCACCCGCGAGGGCUUCUACAAGCUGCUGCCCGGAGACGGCGCCGCCCGCAGGCCGGGUCCGGCCUCCGCCCAGACCCCGGCGCCGCCCCAGCCGCCGCAGCCCCCGCCGGGCCCUGCCUCCGGCCCCGGCGCCGCGGGCCCCGCGUCGUCCCCGCCGCCCGCAGGCUCCGGGCCCGGGCCCGCGCUGCCCGCCGUGCGCCUCAGCCUGGUGCGCCUCGGAGAGCCGGACCACGCCGGGCCCGGGGAGCCGCCCGCCACGCCCGCGGGCCUGGGGGCCGGAGGAGACCGCGUCUGCUUCAACCUGGGCCGCGAGCUCUAUUUCUACCCGGGCUGCUGCCGCCGCGGGAGCCAACGGUGGCGGAAGCCAUUAACUCCUUUUCUCCCGUCGCUUAAGUCCAUCGACCUCAACAAGCCUAUCGACAAGCGGAUCUAUAAGGGCACCCAGCCCACCUGCCACGACUUCAACCAGUUCACCGCUGCCACCGAGACCAUCUCCCUGCUGGUGGGCUUCUCCGCCGGCCAGGUGCAGUACCUGGACCUCAUCAAGAAGGACACCAGCAAGCUGUUCAACGAAGAGCGGCUGAUCGACAAGACCAAGGUGACAUACCUGAAGUGGCUGCCGGAGUCGGAGAGCCUGUUUCUGGCAUCGCACGCCAGCGGCCACCUGUACCUGUACAACGUCAGCCACCCGUGCGCGUCGGCCCCGCCGCAGUACAGCCUGCUGAAGCAGGGGGAGGGCUUCGCCGUCUACGCCGCCAAGAGCAAGGCGCCCCGCAACCCGCUGGCCAAGUGGGCAGUGGGCGAGGGGCCCCUCAACGAGUUCGCCUUCUCGCCCGACGGCCGGCACCUGGCCUGCGUCAGCCAGGACGGCUGCCUGCGCGUCUUCCACUUUGACUCCAUGCUCCUGCGGGGGCUCAUGAAGAGCUACUUCGGGGGCCUGCUCUGCGUGUGCUGGAGCCCCGACGGGCGCUACGUGGUGACGGGCGGGGAGGACGACCUGGUCACCGUGUGGUCCUUCGCCGAGGGCCGCGUGGUGGCCCGCGGCCACGGCCACAAGUCCUGGGUCAACGCCGUGGCCUUCGACCCCUACACCACGAGGGCCGAGGAGGCGGCGGCCGGCGGGGACGCGGAGCGCGGUGUGGAGGAGGAGGAGGAGCCCGAGGUGGCCGGCCCAGGCUCGAAUGGGGGCGACCCGCUCUCCCCGAUGCCCAAGGCCGGCUCCAUCACGUACCGCUUCGGCUCGGCCGGCCAGGACACGCAGUUCUGCCUGUGGGACCUCACCGAGGACGUGCUGUACCCACACCCGCCCCUGGCCCGCACCCGCACGCUCCCCGGCACGCCCAGCACCACCCCGCCCGCUGCCGGCGGCUCCCGGGGUGGCGAGCCGGGCCCCGGGUCCCUGCCCCGCUCGCUGUCCCGCUCCAACAGCCUCCCGCACCCGGCGGGCAGCGGCAAGGCGGGCCCGGGCGCGGGCACGGAGCCGGGCGCCCCGUUCAGCAUCGGCCGCUUUGCCACGCUCACGCUGCAGGAGCGGCGGGACCGGGCGGCGGAGAAGGAGCACAAGCGCUACCACAGCCUGGGCAACAUCAGCCGGGGGGGCGGCGGGGGCGGCGGCGGGGACAAGCCCAGCGGCCCUGUCCCCCACAGCCGCCUGGACCCCGCCAAGGUGCUGGGGACGGCCUUGUGCCCGCGCAUCCACGAGGUGCCCCUGCUCGAGCCGCUGGUGUGCAAGAAGAUCGCCCAGGAGCGGCUGACGGUGCUCCUGUUCCUGGAGGACUGCAUCAUCACCGCCUGCCAGGAGGGCCUCAUCUGCACCUGGGCGCGGCCGGGCAAGGCGUUCACUGACGAGACCGAGGCCCAGGCAGGGGAAGGAAGCUGGCCCAGGUCACCCAGCGAGUCAGUGGUAGAGGGCAUCUCCUCCCAGCCAGGCAGCUCCCCCAGCGGCACCGUGGUGUGAGCCGGGACGGUGUGAGCCUGGGACGGUGUGAGCCGGGACCGUGUGAACCUGGACCGUGUGAGCCCGGGACGGACGCGGUUCCCUGCCCCGCCUCGCCUCCCGCCAUCACCCUCCGCCGGCCUCACGGACCAACCUAUUAACAAGACUAACGAUGAUGGAUGGGCUGCUCCGGCCCCCCACCCUGCACAAAUUUGGGGGGCAGAGAGUCCCCCCAGACUGGCCUAGACCCUGGGGGGACGUAGUGGCUCAUGUGACCUCAGCCUUGUCCCCACCCACUGCCAAGUACACCGACCGACCCCUUCCGCUGGAACGUCAGUGUUAGCCUCCUGCCUGUCCCCAGCAUGUGACUGGUCAUGGGCGGGGGUGAGGGUGGGCUCACGCCCGCCAGACCCCAGCUCCGCAGUGUGCCCCUCAGUCCGCGGGCGACCCGAACCCCACCCCCGCUGGUGUUCGUGCUUUUGAAAAGUGUUAAGUUAUGGAAGCCCUUUGGGGCCCUUCCUGUCCCCGGCGCCUCUUAUUUAUACUAAAGUUCCCUGUUUUCAC